UGCCUCGCUGCCCGUUCACGCCGCCUGGGCGCAGGGCGCAGGGAGCCAUGCCCAGGGAGGCUGGAGAAGAUAGCAUGGGAAGAGCCCAGGGUGCUGCGCCAGCAGAGCCUGGGGACCCCGACGGCAGCGAGCCUGGAGCCAUCAGCCUGCGCCCCGUGGAGUCCAUCAGCGACCUGCACUGGGCCUCGGGCGGGCACAAGGGCACAGAGGGCAACGGCCCAGCUCCCUCCAGCAGCCUCCACCAGCCCCUGCCUCGCCUGGUGCCCCCCGGCCCCCCACCGCUCCUGCCCACGCUGCGCCCCAUGCCUGCUGCCAACCCCUGCCCCUGCUUUGGCCCUGGCCACCCCCUGCUCCUGGCCCUGCUGGGGCUCCUGGCACUGGCGAGCCUGGUCCUGGCCACACUGGCCAUCUACCUGAGUGUCCUGCAGAGCCAGUCGGUGCGGGCGCUGGCCCAGUGGCUGGAGAGCCAGGAGGAUGCUGUGCGUCAGCUGCGGGCAGCCAGCAGGCAGCUCUGGGCUCGCCUCAACACCAGUGCUGAGCCCGGUGGGCACCGCUGAGCUGCUCCUGACCCCGUCACGGGCACCGGGCCACCACGGGAAGGGGCACCAAAGAGCAGGAGGAGGGAACGGGCAGCCCUACUCCCUCACAUCCUGCUCAGACCUGGCAGCAUUACCCCACAGGGCGCAGAGGGUGGCGGGGGCAAUGCUGGUCCCCACCCCAGGCUGCAAGAGAAAGGCACAGGGCUGCAAGGACGGCACUGCCCUGG